AUGAUCCGAGGAAAUGAUCGGGCUCCAGUAUGUAUGGAAGAACGUGUCAUGUACGCGAGAAACCGCCAGCCGGGUGCGAAGCCAGCUGUAGUCGGCGGGAAACCAAUCACUGAGGAAUUAGCUGCGGAGCUUCGCGUAACAGCAUUUGGUACAGCCUCCUGUCCACCCCGUGGAGAAUGGAUCCACACCCCUCUAAUAAUGAGACCCUCAGACCAACCGCUCGCUUAUGGCCUCUCAGCACCAAGAAACGGGACCAGAUCUCUUUUGGCUGGUCUUCAAGCACACAUCAUUAAAUGGCUGCUAUUUGAUUCUCGUCCCAUGACCAAGGAUAAUAAGUCCGUGGAUCCCCCAGACAGCUAUUUACGUCCUAACGAAGAUCGUCAAGAAGAAGCGCUGUGGCGAGCUUGUAGCGAAGUUAUCUGGCGGUGCGCUGGUGGCUUUAACAACCAACCCGAUGUGAAAGCGGUGGUAGCUCUACCUACCACCAAUGUCUACGUGCAGCACAGCUCCGCGUAUUACCAAGAUGGUAUCACCGAAAUGCUGCACUUAUUCGAGCAUAAGAGUUUGGAGGAUUUGCAGAUAUUCCUGAAGAGAUACUUAUAUUUGUUUCAGUCUGAAGAUGGCUCGGGUUCUUUGCUGUUAUUAUACGCCUGCAUCUUAUCCAGAGGCUGCGAAAAUGUUAAAAAAGACUUGGACGGUAAGCUGACUUACCUCGUGUCGACUCAAGUGGAAGGCUCCGUCAACGUGACCACACUCCUCCUGUCUGGUCGCGCAACGCCUUAUCUACAUAAUGGAGUACAAUAUGUAGGCGAUGAAGAUCACUAUGCUAUGCCUCAAUUCGGCGUGCUGUCACGUAGCCCCGUGGGUCUUCUAGUUUGGUAUGGCAAUGAGGACAGUAUCACUAAGAAUGUCUCGAAGCAGUACCCGGGAUCCAGACUCAAAACUCCAGCUUUGCCUAUUUGGGUGACCAGCUGCUCCGGCCACUACGGUGUACUGUUCAAUACUAAUCGUGAACUUCUAAGAAAUUAUCACGCUGAAAGAAGGUUCGACAUUCACUACUACACUUGUGGUGGCUGCCACGUUCUCCUAAACGUGGAUACUCGUGCUCAUGAAGAUAUGGUCUCAACGAGAAACGAUGAAAUCAGCGCUACACCGCUGGAAAAGCUUAUUCAUACAAAGUGGCAGGACGCCAAAAUCACUUGGUCUGGACCCGUGCCCUUUGCGGGGGACUCGCCGAACUAACGGCUUAGCGUCUAAUUGCUCUAGCAAUCGGCUUCGGUCUAGUGUGCCGAAUCUGGCUGUUUUAAUGGCUUUACGAUAUCAUUCGACUUAUCUCUAUGAUUUAUUGUAUGUAUUUUGUAUUAUUUUUAUUAUUUCGUCGAUUUUAUUUUAUUUACGAAAUAGAUUAUUACGUUUUCGUUAUUUUUAGUAUUAUUUACUUAUUGUGAAAUAAAAUGUCGAAGAAAUUGUCACCGCAAUUUUUUUAGGAUCUCCAAAAUAAAUAUUGUAAUUAGUUCAGCAUAAAUAAAAUAAAACCUUAGCAUGAAGAUA